AUGGAUGAAGGACAGGAUCAGAUGUCGGAAGCGGGACUGCGACCUUCAGCCGGUGUAUCGGCAACCUUGCUGUGGGACCGUCAGAACUGCGUGCCUCUAAGCCGAUGCCUGUCUGAGGAUGGCAUGAUUCUGCUCCUCACCCCCGUGGUGACACCUCCUGCAUCGACGACAGCAGCUAGCGGUGUGGCCAUCGACCCAUUUGAACCGCUCGGUCGGGCCCUGUCGCAGAGGUAUCCCAUGGUCCGCCACGUCCCUUACACCAAGAAUGGGGGCAUCACAGGAGCCCACCUAGCAUUCAUCCGGAAAGCCGACGUCAUCUUAUUCGUCGUAACCGGAUUCCCGACAGCCGGCGAGGAGACGUCGCAGCCCGACCUUGCCGACGCAGUCAACGGAGCCCGUGACCCCCAGCCGCUCAUCGUUGUGCUCUGCUGCGAUGUCGAGGUGCCCAGGAUACGAGAGUUUGACUUCCAGACAGUUGUGCAGACGAUAGGUUUUGACGUGUGCAGUCUACAGGCCAUCUCCGGCCUAUUACUCGAUGGUCAAAGCGGGAAGAGCAGCGACAGCGGCAGCGGCCGCGGUGGCUCGGGGGAACACCAGUCUACGACGACACCGACAGGGCAGCAGUGGCCCAUUCGGCCAUUCGACUACGACCUCGACCUCGAGGAGCUUCACAGCCUCUGGACGGAAAAUACCCCUCGGAAGUGGCACCUGGACAUGGCGACAUUGGGUUCGCUGCUCCGGCGAGAUGGCUACGCUAUGCACCACGUCGUGCGGGAUCCCCUGUCGGGCGGCGUGAUCGGCUUCUGCGCCACAUACGCGACUUUUGCCAACGGCAAGGGGGAGAAGCUUAUCGGGUCGAUGGCGGCGGUGAUUGUCAAGGCCGAAUUCAGGAGAAAGGGAGUCGGCCGGGCUCUCCACGAUGCGGGGCUGGGCAGCCUGACACGGAUCCGAGGCAUGCACCGCGUGCAACUGGGGACCACGUUCCCACGGCUUCUCUACGGAAUACCAGCCGACCACCCGAACCUGGCGUGGUUCCAGUCGCGCGGGUGGACUCUAGAUCAGCAAGGGCCGGGCAUGGGGCGGCCCAUGGCCGACUGGCUGCUUCGGUUCGCCGAUACACCCCCACCGAUGGAGCUGGCCUCUGCGGGCUUGAGUUUUCGGUGGUGCGAGGUCGGCGACUCGGCCAUGGUCCUCGACAUGGCGGCUCGCGAAUCGGAGAGGAAGAAUACGUUUGGCUGCUGGUACGACCAAUACGCCCGGGCACUGGACGGAGACUCGAUGGGUGACAUCGUUGUCGGCUUCGAGGGCACGACCAUGGUAGCGUCGGCCAUCACUUACAUUCCCAGCCGGGGUGGACCGAUGUCCCACGACAUACCCUGGGCGGCGUCUAUCGGCCCCGACAUUGGUGGUAUAUCGUGCAUCUGUAUAAAGGGUGAGACGCGGACCUAUCCCCUAUCCCUCUCCGCAUAUGGUAUCUACCAGACAGGCCCCCCCCCGUUUUGCUAA